AUGUCUACCUCUACUCAAGCUGCUACUCCCUUCAAGUCUACUGUUCCCGGUGUUGCCGUUCUUGGUGCUGUCACCCCCGAACAGGCCACCAUCCUCACUCCUGAGGCUCUUCAAUUUGCAGCCACCCUUCAACGCAUCUUCAACCCUACUCGCAAGGCUUUGAUGCAACGUCGUGUCUACCGCCAACAAGAACUUGAUCGUGGUGUCUUGCCUGAUUUCUUGCCCGAGACCGCUUAUAUCCGUAAUGAUCCCAACUGGAAGGCAGCUCGCCCUGCUCCUGGUUUGCAAGAUCGUCGUGUUGAAAUCACUGGUCCUGUUGACCGUAAGAUGGUUAUCAAUGCUCUUAACUCUGGUGCAAAGACCUUCAUGGCCGAUUUCGAAGAUUCUAGUGCUCCUACUUGGGACAACAUGCUCAGCGGCCAAGUUAACCUCCGUGAUGCCAACCGUGAAAACAUCACCUUCACCAACCCCAAUGGCAAGCGUUAUGCUCUCCGCACUGAUGGCAAGGCUGCUGUCUUGAUCGUUAGACCCAGAGGUUGGCACAUGCUUGAGAAGCACGUCCUCGUUGAUGGCGAGCCCAUGUCUGCUUCUAUCUUUGAUUUCUCCUUGUACUUCUUCCACAAUGCCAAGGAAACCGUUAAGCGUGGCCGUGGUCCCUACUUCUAUCUCCCCAAGAUGGAGUCUCACUUGGAAGCUAGACUCUGGAACGAUAUCUUCAACGUUGCUCAAGAUAUGAUCAACAUUCCCCGUGGUACUAUUCGUGGUACCGUUCUUAUCGAAACCAUCAUGGCCGUCUUUGAGAUGGAUGAAAUUAUCUAUGAGUUGCGUGACCACUCCAGCGGUUUGAACUGUGGUCGCUGGGAUUACAUCUUCUCCUGCAUCAAGCGUCUUCGUGAGCAUCCUCAAUUCGUUCUUCCCGAUCGCUCCCAGGUUACCAUGACCACUCCUUUCAUGGAUGCUUAUGUCCGCUUGUUGAUCCAAACCUGCCACAAGCGUGGUGUCCAUGCUAUGGGUGGUAUGGCUGCUCAAAUCCCUAUCAAGAACGACCCUGCUGCCAACGAUGCUGCCAUGGCUAAGGUCCGUGCUGACAAGACCCGUGAAGUUACUGCUGGUCACGAUGGUACUUGGGUUGCUCACCCCGAUCUCGUCAAGAUUGCUAUUGGUAUCUUCAACGAGAAGAUGCCUCAACCUAACCAAAUCCACGUUCGUCGUGAUGAUGUUCGUGUCAACCGCAAUGACUUGCUUCCUAACUUCCCUGGUAAGCCCACCGAAGCUGGUAUCCGUGACAACUUGCAAGUUGGCUUGGGCUAUAUGGAAGCCUGGCUCCGUGGUAUUGGCUGUGUCCCCUUGAACAACAUGAUGGAGGAUGCUGCUACUGCUGAAAUUUCCCGCUCUCAGCUCUGGCAAUGGGCUCGUCACGGCACUGAGACCGCUGAAGGCAAGAAGGUUACUCCCCAAUACAUGCUCCAACUUUUGGAUGAAGAGACCAACAAGAUCAAGCAAAAGUUGGGUGCCAAGUAUGGUGCCACCAAGUUCGAUGCUGCCAAGCAAGCUUUCGCCACUAACAUCACCGGUGACAAGUAUGAUGAAUUCUUGACCACCUUGUUGUAUGAUGACAUUGUCAACACCGUCUCCAGCGCCAAGUUGUAA